AUGGCAGAUAUCCAGGCCUUUAAUCACCCUAGUACUAGUGAUAACAUCGAGAAAGGAAAUCCUAAAGGAACUGGAACUAUCCACAACUCAGUAAUCGAUAGCAAAGAGACCAGUCAUACCAACGCUGUGUUCGAGGAUGUUGAAGCACAUAUCCGGUACAAAGAUUUCAAAACAAAGCAGGAGUUUAGUGGCGCUAUUCUAGCAUGGCUCACCUAUCAAUCAAUCGGCGUUAUCUAUGGGGAUAUUGGCACCAGCCCACUUUACGUGUUUUCGUCAACAUUUACAUCGUCACCAUCCAAUGAAGAUCUUAUAGGUGCCUUGUCGCUUAUCAUAUGGGCCCUUACUCUCGUCGUCACCCUGAAAUAUGUUACAAUCGUCCUUUUCGCUGAUGAUGACGGCGAAGGAGGAACAUUCGCGCUUUAUUCUCUGCUCACCCGCUAUUGCGAUAUUAUGCAACGUAGUCCCCGCGAGCCUUUGACAGUGAAACUAGAACGACAGCUCACCCAAGAGAUGAAAGGACCAAACGCUCAAUUUCGCUCGGUUUUAGAGAAUAACUUUCUAUUUCGGACUUUCAUCAAAUUCUUAGCAGUAUUUGGUGUUUGUUUGGUUAUUGCAGAUGGGAUCCUUACUCCCGCACAAUCAGUUCUUGGAGCGAUUCAGGGCCUCAAGGUCAAGGUACCUGAUAUCGAAACAAAUACCAUCGUUGGUAUCUCAUGCGCCAUACUGAUUGUACUUUUUCUCAUCCAACCACUGGGUAUUACAAAACUUGGAACAACAUUUGCACCAAUCGUUGUUAUGUGGCUGCUUUUCAACAUGGUCUUUGGGAUUUAUAACCUCGUCAAAUUCGAUGCCUCAGUUUUGAGAGCUUUCAACCCUGCGAACUGUUUCUAUUAUUUUAACAAGAACGGAGAAGAAGGUUGGAAAAGUCUUGGUGCCAUAUUACUUUGCUUCACUGGUGUAGAAGCCCUCUUUGCAGAUCUAGGUGCCUUUUCAGCAAGGUUUGGGCCCCCAGAAGAUAAUUUAAGCAACUGGACUACAAGCUUAGGGAAUGCAUAUGGUGUCUGUGUGAUUAUGGUCACCUUUAUCACCACCUGUAUGGUAUCCAUAGUUGCUCUUGUUGUAUGGCAGCUUCACUUCCUCUUCGUUUUAGCUGGCUUUAUAUUUUUCGGCGCUAUAGACGGGGCGUUUCUGUCGGCUGCUCUCACAAAGGUACCACAAGGGGCGUGGUUUACUCUUCUGCUUGCCUUGCUUCUCUCAUGUGUCCUGUUCCUAUGGCGCUUUGGAAAGAAAGAACAAUGGAAAACUGAAGUCGACGACAACAUUGCGCCUUCUUCGCUUGUCGUCUGCGACGAGCGCGGGCGAUUAAUGUUACAACGAUCAGAUGGUCAAAAAGAGAUGGGUAGGAUUAAGGGGGUUGGUAUUUUUUUCGACAAAAUUGGUUACCAUGCCCCGGCGGUAUAUACGCACUUUGUCCGGAAGUUUGAAGCCCAACAUGAGGUUAUUGUAUUCUUCCAUCUUCGCCAACUUAUCCAACCAACGGUUCGCGAAGAAGAGCGUUACAUAGUUCAGCGCGUUGGCUCUUCAAAUACCUUCCGUAUCAUUGUUCGUCAUGGCUACAAUGAUCACGUCUUCACCGAGAACUUCGGUGUUAUUCUCUACGACAAGUUGAAAGCUUUUCUCGAUGCCGAAAUUGAGAACAGUGGAUCUGAGCUUUCCCUAAGUAACGCUCAUGCGAGAGUCAAUGCUAGAGCACUGCGGGAGCGGGACGCUUUGGAUGCGGCGUAUGAGAAGCAGGUCAUUUAUAUUUUGGGAAAAGAGCAAUUACGGCUAAGUCCAAAGUCUAUUCUUCCGAGAAGAUUUGCCUUGAGUACCUUUAUUUGGAUGAGGGAGAAUACAAGAACAAAGCAACAGGAAUUCAAUGUCCCAAUAGAUCAGCUGGUUGAAGUUGGAUAUAUCAAGGAAAUUUAG